AUCAAUAUAGCAUUACCAUGGCACAACGAAUCGCACCAGUAAGAAUUAUCGAUUUAACAAUUUUAAGAUUUGUACUCUUUUUCCACGCGUAUUAGCAUCAGCAUGUCGUACCUUUGCCUCGGUCCGAUCAGUGCGGGAAAAACGCUACUGCUUACGUGCUUGCAAAAUCCGGACUCGGUUAAUUUCACAUCCCAUUCUGUGCCCAGCGUUGGUACAAAUUUGUUCACCAUAAAAAUUCCCCCCUUGGUCAUUGAUGAGAAGGAAAUCAACAUAAAGCCAACCCCACCAGCCCGUAAACGAGAUCUAGUUCAAGUUCGAGAGGUCGGUGGCUGCCUGGCACCAAUUUGGCGCGAUUAUAUGAAUAGACCCAUCGAUAAAAUCAUCUACGUGGUAGAUACGUCAAAUCUUUGCCAGAUCUCAGCUGCUGGUGUUUUGCUGUACUCCAUGCUAGCAGAGCCAAGGUUGCAAAAAGCGAAAUUCUUGUUGGUUCUCUCGAAGAUGGAUCUCGCUUACCGUCAGAUGAGAAAUGAAGCUUUGUUGAUGUUACAGAUGGAAAAGUUCAGAAAACAGAUUGCUCAGGAUAUCACUAUUGUGCAGUUUAGUGCCAUUAACAAGGAAGGGAUGGACGAAAUCUACGACUGGUUGGCUACCUGAAUACAAAAUGGCCAGGCCAUUUUUACGAGGUGUCAACAACUAAGCACCGGUCCUACUAUAUAGUAACCACAUAUUAACAUACAAGUUUCAUAAACAUUACUUUCAUUGGUAAAAAUAAAUGCAAUAGACCACACAAAUAGGGAAUAUUAUCAUGAUAAUAAUCAUUAUUUAUGCGACAUGUUGCUAAACCAUAUGAGUAAAGUUGUAAGUAAAUAUAAAUACAAC